AUGGAAUUGGUUAAUGAACGGAUUAAAUAUGUUCUCGCCUAUCACUAUCUUAUAUCAAACAUUAUCAAGCUGGAUAGUCAUAAUCUAUCUAUCUAUCUUAGUCAUAAUCUAUCUAUCUCGAUAACUAUAAUCCAGCAUACUAGACACUAUGACCUCUCUCUCGUACUCUCUCUCUCUCUCUAUCUCUAUCUAUCUAUCUAUCUAUCUAUCUAUCUAUCUAUCUAUCUAUCUAUUUAUCUGGACAAUACCUAUGAUCUCUCUCUCUGUCUCUGUCUCUGUCUCUGUCUCUCUCUCUCUCUCAAUUUAUCUAUUUAUCUAUCUAUCUAUCUAUCUAUCUAUCUGGACAGUCACAAUCUAUCUAUCUAUCUAUCUAUCUAUCUAUCUUACUAUCUAGAUACCUAUGAUCUCUCUCUCUCUCUCGCUCUCUCUCAUUCUAUCUAUCUAUCUAUUUAUCUGGACAGUCACAAUCUAUCUAUCUAUCUAUCUAUCUAUCUAUCUGGAUAG